AAGCUUUCUUACCGAUGGCCUGAAAUGCGGGGACUAACGCCAUCACCACCAUCAUCCGGGAAAACGUCUUGCGGAGAGAGAUAACUAAUCAAUUGUACAAUUUCUCGAGGAAAAUAUAUCCCAAGCACUGUGAUCAUCCUUGAUCUACUUGUGUUGUGAAAAGAUUUUGACAACUACUACCGGAUUCAUAACGUCGACAAGUCAGAGUUCCUCACCAUGUCGUCCCUCAACAAUGCCUACGUUCUCGGCGUCGGUCUCACGAAAUUCAUCAAACCACGCCAGCUACGACCAUACCCGGAGCUGGGCUUUGAAGCAGGCACUAAAGCCCUUCUCGAUGCGCACAUCACAUACGAUGAUGUCCAAACAGGUGUGGCAUGUUACUGCUAUGGCGACACAACGUCGGGCCAACGUACCUUUUACCAAUUCGGCAUGACCAAUAUUCCCAUAUAUAAUACCAACAAUGCCUGCGCAACUGGCAGUACCGGCCUUCAACUUGCUCGAACCCUUGUCCGCGGCGGCAUCGUUGAUGUCGUUAUGGUCAUCGGCUUCGAGACAAUGAAGCCAGGUUCCAUUAAGAGUAUCUGGGACGAUCGGCCUAGUCCGAUGGGCCUGGGCACGAAGAUGAUGGAGGAUACUAGGGGCAAGCACGAUAGCCCUAGGAAUGCACAAUUCUUCGCGAAUGCCGGCAGGGAAUAUAUGGAGAAAUACGGCGCCGAAGCCCGCGACUUCGCCGAAAUCGCGCGUGUCUCUCACGAGCACUCCUCACGCAACCCCUAUGCUCAAUUCAACACCGUAUACUCACUCGAGGACAUAGAGAAAUCACCCAUGAUCCACUAUCCGCUCACAAAAUUGCAAUGCAGUCCGACGUCCGACGGCGCUGGGGCCGCGAUUAUCGUAUCCCAACGCUUCCUCGACUCCCGGCCUGAACUCAAGUCCCACGCCAUCCUGAUGGCCGGUCAAUCACUUAUGACCGACUCGCCCGCGCUGUUCUCCCGCAGCUCCAUGGACCUGGUUGGGUUUGACAUGACCAAGCGCGCCGCCAAAGCCGCGCUUGCAGAAGCCGGCGUGUCCCCGCGCGACGUCAAGGUCUGCGAAGUGCACGACUGCUUCUCUGCCAACGAGCUCAUCCUGCUCGAGGGUCUGGGCUUCUGCAACCAGGGUCAAGCACACCACAUGGUGCGCAACGGGGACAUCACGUACGGCGGCAAAGUCGUGGUCAACCCGUCAGGCGGCCUGAUCUCCAAGGGCCAUCCGCUCGGCGCGACGGGCCUGGCCCAGUGCGCCGAACUCACGUGGCAGCUGCGUGGGUGGGCGAACAACGGACGAUUGGUCAAGGACAUCGAUGUUGCGCUGCAGCAUAAUUUGGGCCUGGGAGGGGCGGUCGUGGUUACCGUGUACAAGCGCGCCGAUGGAAGGAAGAAUACCGAUACAUCGGUGCAACAGACCGACGCCGAGAUCGCAAAGGUCAGUGGUUUGGGGUACAACCCGGCCGUGGAGGCGAGAGGGGUCACGAAAGAGGAGGCCGAGAAAGUCCGGAGUAAGACUGGGAAGUGUGACUAUGCGUUGGGCGAGACGGCCGAGAAGUUGCAGGCGAGACUGUAAACACCGACUUGUCAAGAAUGGUAUACUUGGGGUUGUGUUUCGUUGAUCCCAGUGACCAUCCAGCAGAAGGAGAGUAGGUACAUGAUUUGAGGUAAAGCUAUAUCGCUCAUCGAGUGCCGAUGUAAAAAGUUGUUGUACGAUGAAUGAAGCAGAGUUAGCUACGUACUUCCAAUGGCUUGAACGAGAUCGUCAAGUUGACCGUGG